CAACCAGCACGUGUCAUUCAUUCUAUAAUAAACGAAAUCAAUUCUUGACGUAUUACAACUUGACGGCGUUUUAUCCAUCUCUUUUAUUUUAUUUUUAAAGUUCUCUGCUGCUUAGUGAACGUCGAAAUUAAUCACUUCUAAUACUUCUGGAAUAUCUAAACAUUUGAAUAUCAACAUCUUACUAAGGUCUCAGGGAUGUCUAGUAGCUUCGCAAGCAACGUUCAAGCCAGAGCCCAAGAGGUGGCGAAAGAAGAUUAUGAAAAGGCAAAAGUCCUCCUGUCAGAGGCUGCAAGAAGCGGAUCUUACCUGUACCCAUUUAGGGGUAUUAUCUAUUUCAUCACACAUAGAUCAUUAUGGAAGCCAUUUUACUCGCGCAUAUUGCCUACUUUAGGGCUUACUGCAGGAGUUACGGCAUCCAUGUUUUUCUUCACUUACCUGCCACAGCUAGCAAUUCUCGUCUUCGUAAACGGGCCCUUGGCUGUCUUUACUACGGUGCUUCUUAUUCUCAGUGAGAGCUCUACCAUCGUUAACCUUAUUUCCCGCAAUUUUCUCUUACAAGAUGCGCUGCUCGACACUUUUGACGGCACACUCGUUGCGAAGGACGCAAUCGGUAUUGUUAGCGAGGGUCGGCAAUUAAAAUCUGGUCAAGACCCGAUUGGGAGGUUGGGCAAGGUCCUUAAAACCCCGUUUUCGAAGUUUACCCCGAAGGCCCUGGUCAGAUACGUUAUGUAUCUUCCACUUAACUUCAUUCCCGUUGUCGGCACUAUCAUAUUUAUUAUUCUCCAAGGUCGGACAAGAGGCAGUUCCAUUCAUGGCCGAUACUUCCAACUGAAAGGGUGGACGUCAUCUCAACAACGGGAUUGGCUUGAACGCCAUUCCGCUCCAUACGCAACCUUCGGAACAAUUGCGACUGUCCUCGAGAUGAUACCUAUAGUGUCGAUAUUCUUUGCAUUCACCAACACUGUGGGUGCUGCGCUCUGGGCAGCCGACAUCGAGCAGAAAAACACACAGAUGACACAAGGCACUGCCCCUAACCUGCGGGAAUCUGCGAAGAAGGCCGAGUAGGGUUGCACGAAAGAUGCACUAAACCGACGCCUCCGAGAUUAAGUGCAUCGAAGAUCCGGUAGCCUGUGCUAUUCGUUACCAUUUAGGGGGGCAAAAUAGCAGACGAGGAUUAGUAAGCUCGUGAAGCCUUAGGGAUCUCAGUUAAACGAAUUAGAAGAUUUAAUGAGCACUAGGAGCUCGGAACUACAUAUGCAGUGUGUCUGUGGCUCAGGUCCAUGUAUCACAGAUAAAUCGGUACUGUAAUUCGGAACUAGUGACCAUACUUCACUGAACUAACUGUACCUAUCUAUCUUUAUGUGUUUCGGGAUGUCAUCCAUUACUAGAACGUUUGAACACAGGGUCUUACUUAGAGUGUAUAGACAUAUUCCCAGUUUUAAAUGUCCGCUGGGGCGCUUGUUUAAUGUCUUAUGUUGUAAGUAAGCAGAGGGAGUUUUGCACGUGUUGUCCCAACUUCCGACCACUUGUCUCAGAAUAUGGUGCAUGGAAAACUGCACAAUCUCGAUUAAUCUAUACGAAACACGUCAAUACCAC